AUGCCUUGCUGUGGAGAGCGAGAAAAGCUGGCUGAAGUCAGGGAAGAGCAUAAAUGGAGUUAUAUUAAUCUCAAUGACUUCAGAUCUUCUUCCUGCCUAGCACCGUUCUCGUACGGUUUAAUAUAUAUUGGAAUAAUCAUAUCCAUUGCCGUCUACGCCGCCGACACCUUUACGGCUGUGAACCUGCUCGCCUUCAAUCGCUGGUCGGGCCAGAUACAGCCGGCUAUUCCCUUGUACAUAUCAAAAUGGAUCUUCGCCGCAUGUAUCAUAUUUUCCUGGGUACUUUUGGGUUUCGAAUGGCUCAGGGCCAUCCGCGUCAUCCGGCGUGACAAUGUCGCUGAGAGCUACCUUGACCCGCUGGCCGUCAUUCUACAGAGUAUCCGCAUGGGUUCCACUGGACGUGGAUGGAGACGAUUUCUGGUCUUUGCUGAAUUGACCAAGAGUAAAAAAGGCUCGGAAUAUGUUGCGCUUUUCGCUUACUUCUCGUUUAAGACAUGGAUACGAAUUGUCUUUGCCGAGGGCCCACGCCAAUUUGUCAACGCUGUGACUCUAUAUUCGGUGAUGAAUGCGAAAUUCAUUCCAAAGGGGCAAAACGCCCCUAGCAACGGCCACUCCCCGGUUAUUCAGUUCUUCAUCAACGUUGAAACUCUCGCAGAGACGGAGAAACUUCAAGCCGUCACUGUAUUUAGCAUGCUUUUUACGCUCUUCAUCUGGGUCAUUGCCGCCCUUAGUCUUUUUGUCGCGAUUGUACUCUAUCUCAUUUUCCUCUGGCACCACAUUCCUGCAGCGGACCAUGGUCUUUCUGGAUUUUGUAAACGCAAGAUUGAUAGUCGGCUGAAUAAGAUUGUCAACGCAAAAGCCAAAAAGGCCAUUGACAAAGAAGAAGCAAAGCGGAAAAAGGAAGAAGCCAAGGCAGCUGCCAAGGCCGACGGGCCCUUUGGCGGACCGAAGCGAUCGCCAACUUUGCCCAACAUCGAACCAGAAGUCAAUGAGCUCAAGGAGAUUAAGCCUUUGCAACGACAAGCCACAGACUCGAGUCUCCCGUCCUACGCGUCGAGACCGUCAACGGGAACUGGUCGGACCAGUCCAGCACCGUCUGACCCGACAAGUUUCUACGGCGAGAAACGUCCUGCCGGUCCAUUUCGUUCCGGCACAUAUGCGUCUGAAAUGUCCAACACAAGCUAUGACUCUGAUGCGCCGCUACUUAGCUCGGCAGGGCAAAUGGGGUAUGGACCUCCUGGGCGGGCGCCGUCAACUCGCCCAUACCGCGGGCCAGAUGGCGCCAACGGUCCAGGUCCCUAUCCGGGUGCUUAUUCGGGUGGACCUCGCCCUCCGCUGGAACGUAGUUUGACUGGAGCAUCCCAAGUGCCCCAACGUUCAAUGACGCCCGGCGGAGGACUUCUUCCCCCAGGGGCUCGGCGCAUGCCACCACCUGUUCGCCAAAACACGAUGCCAGCGAUGUUAGGCGGAAUGCCGCCAGGUCCUGGCCCGAAUGGCCGUCCGCCGUGGGCAGGACCACAAGGUCGACAGAGCCCUGGGCCGAGACCGUACCCUGACCCCGCAGAAUUAGAUGGCCGACGAACCGCACCUCCCGGCAUUCAGAGGCCGCAGCUUCCACAAGCCGGUCCACCUCGUCUUAACACCGCGCCAGGCUUCCUGGAAGGAGAUGAUGCUGGACAGAAUGGCGACCAGACAACGUUUUCUCCGUCUCAGUCACGGCAAGGACCAGGAAUGCCAAAUCCGCCAUACGAUCCAAACGGCCGACGAUAUGCCGAUCCUCUCAAUCGACCACCGUUACCGCAACCUCAAGGUCCACCGGGCCCAGGGGCAUGGCCUAUGGGUCCACCCAUGCGUACCAAUACUGCUCCUCCCAUGAGCGGCGUUCCUCAAACUUGGGACACUCCACAAGGCCGUCGGACUCCAGGGCCUCCAGGUGCUGUUCCGCGCGGCGCAUUCCCUCGAGGUCCCAACUUUGGACCUAAUCCGUUGAUUGACCCCAUUCAACGAUCUGCAACUGCACCAAUGCCUCGCCUGCAGAGCCCUGUGUAUGAAGCUAUGCCAUUGCAGCAGCACCAAAGACAACCGCCGCCACCGCAGCAGCAGACUGCGCCAGUCACCACUGGUGUCCAACGAGCUGCAAGCGCAGCCAGCAACGGCGGAGGCUUUGUGGCAUUCAACCCACGAGUCCACAAUCCCCCAAUUGCCGACCAAAAUGCCACCAGUCCGUUGAGUCCCAGUGGCAAUGGUGUGGAACCUGUGACUCCAUAUCCUCUGCACGAGCCUGUCCUGGCUACUAUUGUCGAGCCCGAAGGAGAGAUUGAGCCACAGUCAGAGCCAGAGCCAGAGCCAAGUCCCACAUCUCAUGUCGUGCCGCCAGCCACUCGCCCACCAAUGAAUCAGUUCCACUACCCUUCCCGUGGCAACAGCACCAGCGCAUCGCGACAGCAAUACCUCGCACUGCCACCACGCUCGGGCACCGCUCCGCCACCAAGCACUUCCCCCUAUGACGAUAGCAUCUACGAUGCAUAUGGCAGCAGCGACGGCGGGGACGAGGAAUACGGGCCCGCUCCAGGCCCGGCUCCUGGCCCGAUGCCGCUCCCUAGACGAGCAGCGACUGCCGGACCUGGAUCUGGACCUGGACCUGGACCCAUGGGCAUGCACCCAACUCCCCAGCCAGGCGGCAGAAUGCCCUACCGCGCCCCGUCGAACCCAGGAGCCGGCUAUGUCCCGUACAAUCCAUACAAGCCUGGGCCUGGCAAUCCGUAUUGAUCCCGGUAAUUAUUAAUCAGUCGGCAAUGUACGGUAGUGGUAGUACAUAUGGCAACAUGGAAAAGAGAGAUGUCAUCUAAUUACAAUCCCUUCUUUCUUUUUUCUUUUUUCUUCUUUUUUUUUGCCCUCUCUAUUCUCUUUCUUCCCCUUCCAUCUCACACUUUGACAAUGUCAAGAAAAGCGAGCAUCUUAGAAUUUUUGAUUCACUGCCCCCCCACUUCCCCAUUCCCUCUAGGUGUUCAAAAAUCAUUUGACUAUUCCUUACGUGUUCGC